AUGUGCAAUGUGAUAUUUAGCGGUGUUGAAGACACACUGGCAAGACGUUACAUCUAUAGCUUUUAUUGGUCAACACUGAUCUUAACAACGAUCGGUGAAGUGCCGGGACCGGUACAAAAUAUUGAAUUUGUCUUCGUUACAAUGGAUUUGAUGUGCGGCGUUUUAAUUUUCGCAACAAUCGUCGGUAAUGUUGGCAGUAUGAUUUCGAAUAUGAGUGCAGCUAGAACGGAGUUUCAAAAUCGAAUGGACGGCAUUAAACAGUACAUGGAAUUGCGAAAAGUCAGUAAACAGGUGAGUGAAAAUUUUAUUCAGUGA